AUGAGCUAUGACCCACACGGAGAGGGCCCAGGACCGCAAGAUCUUCAAAUUCUCCAGGUGCACAGUGAUCGAUGUCCUGAUGGUCGGCCCAAGUACCACUGCAAAUCGUUAGCUCGCUCGAUCCGUCUGCGAUGCCUCUCCGAUAUCCACUACGUUGCUCUGUCGGAGAAGAUGGCUGCCACCCCAACAUUCCUCUUUGUAGGUUCAACCAAGCUGGGGCACCCUUCGCCGGAAGACCGCCUUGAUGAGGAUGAAGACGACGAGGAAGAAGACGAAGAGAAUGGUGACGGUGAACGUAAGCGUCUUACGGUCUCGUCCGAGUUGUUUGACAUCGCGUCCAGCGCGGCCAAACCAGAUCCCGAUGAGUCUGUUAACGCCUGGGGUCAGCAUCAAUGUGAAGCUGGGUCAGACUACUGCAUGUCCUUCGACACGACCAAGGAUCGCUGGGCUACUCUCCAACUACUAGGUCGCCAACUCGAUCACUUGCUCACGUUCGACGAAUCGCAGCCGGCCUCGUUCCUGUAUGCCGCCCUAGCCCUGAUGUCUGACAUCUUUAAAAAAGAUCAAUGCGAAUGA